AUGCCCUCCCUUCGCCUCGGAAAUAUCGCCCCUGAUUUUGAAGCAGAGACUACUACUGGACCUAUCAAGUUCCACGAAUGGAUCGGUAACUCUUGGGCGAUUCUCUUCUCGCAUCCCGGAGACUUUACACCCGUCUGCACCACUGAGCUCGGCGAGGUCGCUCGCCGCGCUGGUGACUUUGCUAAGCGCAAUGUCAAACUCAUUGGAAUUUCUGCCAAUGGCCUCCAAGACCACAGCAAGUGGGUCGAAGAUAUUAACGACUUCGGCGCGAGAUACGGACCAACCAAAGUGGAGUUCCCCAUCAUUGCCGACGAGGACCGGAAAAUUUCCACCCUCUAUAAUAUGCUUGAUGAACAAGAUGCGACUAACCGUGAUGCAAAGGGUCUUCCCUUUACGAUCCGUACUGUAUUCGUGAUUGAUCCCAAGAAAGUCAUUCGCUUGACCAUUGCAUAUCCGGCUUCUACCGGACGAAACUUUGAUGAGAUUCUCCGUGUCGUAGACUCUUUGCAGCUUGGCGAUAAACACCGCAUAACCACGCCAGUCAACUGGAACAAGGGUGAAGACGUCAUUGUCCACCCUUCCGUUGCCAAUGAUGAGGCCAAGGUCCUCUUCCCUGAGGUCACCUUCCACAAGCAACCAUACCUACGCACAACACCCUUAAAGGUUAGCGAAUAA